AUGCACAUACUACUUUCAGUCGAUCGGUGUUUGGUGUUACUGCAACUACUUUUUGUCCUCGUACAUGGAAUACCUGCCCCUGAUUCUGCGAUCCAAAGAUUGCUCCAGAUCCCUCCUGGUCGGAGUCAAGAUGUACUUGGUCUUGGUAACCCACCAUUUACACCGGGACAUCGCGACCCAUUCGACCACAAGGUUGAUUCGAUAGGUGAUGACAGACAGCCAUUGCCCUAUCGAGGAGGUAACGGAGCUUCCAUCGAAGGACCCAGAAAUAAGGAUCGUGAAAGGCAGAACCCAGAUCUGGUGCGACCUCCAAGCACAGAUCAUGGUAGCAUGUCAAAUAUGAGAUGGAGCUUUGCGGAUUCGCACGUCCGCAUUGAAGAAGGAGGAUGGACUCGUCAGACAACCAUCCGUGAGUUACCAACGAGCCGCGAACUUGCUGGUGUAAAUAUGCGGUUGGAUGAGGGGGUGUACCGGAGCGUCCGAGUAACCGCACUUGAUCCCGAUGGUGGUAGUUUUAUCGACGACCUCGAAGCCGGUGACCUAUGGUACUUCCCCGCAGGAUUUCCCCACUCACUUCAAGGCCUGAGUCCCAACGGCACUGAAUUCCUCCUCAUCUUCGACGAUGGCAACUUCUCCGAGGAGUCUACAUUUGUGUUGACUGACUGGUUGGCCCAUACUCCAAAAUCAGUGCUGGCCGAAAACUUCCGCAUGAAGCCUGAAAGAUUCCUCUCAAUUCCUCCCUCGGAGAAAUACAUUUUCAAGGGCACAGUCCCGGAUAGCAUUGAUCAUGUUAAACCCCCCGGCUUCCACAAGAGCAAGCUCCAGUUCACACACCAUAUGCAUGCCCAAGAACCCAUCCGAACAAGUGGCGGUGCAGUGCGAAUCACAGAUUCCACCAACUUCCCUAUCUCAAAAACAGUAGCAGCCGCACACCUCGAAAUCGCCCCGGGCGCGCUCCGAGAAAUGCAUUGGCAUCCCAACGCAGACGAGUGGACAUACUUCAAAAAGGGACGGGCCCGUGUCACCGUUUUUGCUGCAGAAGGAAACGCCCGCACAUUCAACUACAUGGCUGGAGACGUGGGUAUUGUUCCUCGAAAUAUGGGUCACUUCAUUGAGAACUUGAGUGACGAUGAGCCUUUGGAAGUCUUGGAGAUUUUCCGUGCGGAUAAGUUCCAGGACUUUUCGCUUUUCCAGUGGCUUGGGGAAACGCCUAGGCGGGUUGUGGCGGAACACAUCUUUGCUGAUGAUCCCGAAGCCGCCGAGGAGUUCUUGAAACAAAUUCAAGGUGCUGAAAAGGAUCCCAUUAAGGAUAUUCGGGCGUAG